UUGACACUUGCUUAGAUAAGCAGAUUAUUUUGUUGUCAAUUUUAUUGCUGAAAUUUUGUAUCUGAUAUUAAAGCAAUAUGAACGCCCGGCCUUGGAUAGAUGAGCUGCCCAAAAAUAACAGCGACGUGUCCUCGGGCAAUGAGAGUGCGUCGUCUGCAUGCAGCCUAAGCUCGUCGGGUAGAAGCAAUCAAAACGAAUCGGAUCAAGAAUUCAUUUAUGCCUCUGGCAAUUCUUAUAAUCUUAUAAGCCGCCCGAAUCUAAAUCGAUUUGUGCAUCGCAUUGAUAAGACGGCCACUGUGGAUGAGCAGGCAGCGGACUUGGCAGUCAAGUGUGCCGAAGCCUUUGUCAAGGAUGUCGUGAUGCGCUCCGUUAAGUUGGCCAAGUACCGCAACAGUGUGCCCGAUGUACUCGAUUUGAAGUUCACAUUGAAACGUGAAUAUAAUAUGGAGUUUCCGAAUAAAAAUUAAAUGAAAGACAA